GCCCUGUCACACGUGCCGGUCCCUAGCAUAUUCCGGUUCCAUUGGGGUUCUUAUUUUCGGUAAGAAUGCGGGAAACACGAACCGAUUAGCGGUUAGGGCUAAUUUGCGCCAUCGGUGUAUUGCUUCCCCUCUUUCCCUCGUCGCUGCCAAGGAGAACGAGACAAGAAAAAGCUCCAUCUUCCAAGGAGAAAGAAAGAAGAAAAAGCUCCAUCUUUUCUUCUCAGCUGGAAGUCGGUACAAAGGUGACAUCCGUAGCAUGGCUCCUUCUCUAGGUUUAGACCAGGAGAGACAACCGGGUUCCCCUGUAAAAUUUGCAGAGAGAGAAAAUGGGAACGCUUCAAAAGUCAAAGAUGAUGCGGGUUUGAGGUGCGCGAAUAAUUGUGAGGAUGACACAUUCGACAUGGAAGCUAUCUCAGAUCACCACAAGGUUGAUGAGGUGGUGGAUGCAGAAGUUGACAUUGUUGAUUGUGCAAAUACCAGUAUCAAAUUGACCAAAGCUGAGGAAGACCCAGAUGCCACAGAGUAUUCGAGCUCUUUUGGCAACACUGUUUCAGGAUCUGGGGAUGGUUUGAAAUUGAACUCGAGCGAUGAUGAGGUGGUGGAGUCACGGUUUCAUCAUGAGAACGGCACUUUGAGUGUUUUCGAUGGACUUGAUAGAGUCUUCCGACCAAGGAAGAAGAAGUUGACUGCUCAUUGGAGAAGGUACAUCCGACCUCUGAUGUGGCGGUGCAAAUGGUUAGAAUUGCGGGUGAAAGAAUUGCAGUCUCAAGCAUUAAAAUAUGACAGAGAACUUUUGGCAUACUCUCAUGAAAAGCAAUUGAAGGUAGGGCAGGUUGCAUCAGAUGGUUCUGCUGCUAGGUCAGUGACUCUGUCUUGUCCAAGUCUGAAGAAGCAAGUCAUGAAGAGGAGAAAAAGAAGGCGAGUUGAAGACACGGUUGAUAUACGAUCAUACAUGUCGCAUCACAACAUAUUCUCUUAUUAUGAAAAUAAGAAAUCUGAAGCAGAUGGUAUCUCUAUCGAUGAUGAUUAUGGUAAUCAAGCGGUGAUCAUGAUGGAACAGGAUAUUAAUGGUGCCGGCGAGUUUGGCAUUAAUUAUGAGUGGCCUGUGUUUGAAUCCAAAGAUGGUGAUAAUUCGUUAGAGCAGAUUCUUUGGAACAUUGAUGUCCAACAGUCUCGGGUCCUUGAGCUAAAGGCCCAGCUCAAUAAAUUGAUGUGCAAAAAUGCUGGAAAGUUCUCUUCGAUGGAGAAUUUGAGCCUGUUUAAGCAAGGUGACGUACCAACUGGCUCAGCUUUGAAUCCUUCUCUCUCUCCUGGUGAUGUUGAUGACAUGCCAGUUGGGGCACUGUAUACUCCACCUGGGCAUGUAUCUGCUGAGUAUGGCAUUGAAGAUCUAGUUAGGCCUGAAAGUGCAGUUUCAAGCUUUGGGGAAGCUGCCCUUCCUGAUAUAAUUGAAAGCACGGUGGGCCUGUUAUCUGCUGCUGAUGUCUCUCUGGAUCGACCUCAGAUUGGCGAUUCUUCUGAAGAUAUUGCUGAUGAUGUUCUGAUACCCAAUCAAGCUUCCGAGGAAGAGUUGCUGAAUUUUGAGAAGAUUGGUCAGCCUCUAGAGCCUCCCCAGCAGGCCGCACAAGAAUUAGACGAAUCGAAGGAGGGCAUUGCUCCAGCAGUUUCUGAACCGGAACCUUGCCCUGCACCGGAACCGGGGUUGACACCGAUGCUGGACUCAGGCUCGGCUGCAGAACAGCUUACCUUGAGGCCUUGUUCAGUGUCCAGGUUUCUUGUUCCUAAGAAAAUGAGAAAGCAAGGCGGGCGCAGGGGUGGACUGGGCCGUUGGGAUGCUAAGAAAGUUUACACCCGGAGAUCCUCAGGUGAUAAAGAUAAGCAGUGAGUUUAAAUCUCUCCCACCAACUACUUUUGUUGGGUCUGAUACUUUCUGCAAGAGUGAUGUGAUUUUGGAAGAUCUGUGCAGGAAAAUUAAUGUAAUAUUUGCCGUGUCCUUGUGUGAGUGUUUCUUUAACCGACAGCUCACAUUUUGGUGGGAGAAGUCUACCAAUUGGAUAGUAAGGAUCCUCCGCAUAGGAGAUUCUUGA